AUGAAAACCCACGAUCCAUUGAAAACAGAAGAGGCCAACGACGCCGCCUGGGAAGCUGGAAAAGGCGCUCUCAUCGGUGCAGCCAAAUGGGGAGCAGGCGCAGCUGUUCUCGGAGCCAUUGGUUACAUUUGGUCACCAGUCUACAAAGGCACAACUGUUCAAUUCAAAGUAUACCUCCAAAUGUCAGGUAUGGUACUAGGAGGCAUGAUUGAAGCAGAUUGGCGCCUAAGACAAUACGAAUAUCAGAUGCGCAUGCAACGGAGAUGGAUGAGGGAAAAGGCUAAAUGGGCGCGGUACGAAGAGGAAUUUGGGAAGAAUGAAGGCGAGAAAUGA